AUUUAUACAGCAACCUAUCUAGUUAGUGUAUGUAAUAUAGGAAACUGAAUUCAUAGUCAAAGUUUCGUGUUUGUCAAAUUUUGACGUGUUCUUCGAUAUCUGCUGUCAUUAUUUUCUGAGUUGCUUCUAGUGUGAAGACGUCUUUAAAAGUUUCCAUAUUUUCAUCGACUUAUUGAGAAUAAAAAUCAUGAAUGGUCAAAAUAAAAUGGAUGGUUCUUCAUCAAAGGGAAUUAAACGUACCGCACGUAUGCUUUCGCCUUGUGAAAAACUAAAUGCCGUGUCUCGUAUACGUAAUGGUGAGACGAAAGCAUCCAUAUCUCGUGAAAUUGGUGUACCGGAGUCAACGUUGCGGGGUUGGUGUAAAAACGAGCAAAAACUGCGAGAAACCUGCAGUCAAAUGACUUCCAAUAACGUCACCGUAUCUGGUAUGGAAAAUUAUCAAGUAAAACGUCAAAAGUUGCAAUCUCAAACACCUACAUUAUCAUAUCCAAACCCUAUGUUGGAUGGUAUAAAUACUAACCUUGUUAACAAUCCAUUUAGUUUAAAUGGGAUCUAUUCCACUCCUAAUAACAACGGUUUUGGGACUGACUUUGGGAAUGAUUCAUUCAAAAACUUUCUAAACAUGUCCAGUGUACCAAAUGGUUCUGCAGCGUCUAGUUCUGAUGCAGGUAUGCAACGUUCUAUAAACGAUAUGGUUAAUGUGGGUCAACCAAGUGAAGUUCAGACUUCUAAUCUACCAUAUGAUCUAACAUCAAUUUUCAAUCCGACGCCAGAAUCGGAAGGUGAAAAUAAAGCUUUCUUAGUAGAGUGGUGGAAAGUUUUUUACACCAAUUUGUCUCUAUUGGGUAGUACAAUCUAUACCACCCCAUCGAAAGAUGAACAAGAAGACAUGCAAGCAAACGUAAUGGGUAAGGAACAGACUUCAAAUAAUGGUCAAGAUUUUCAGCAAGAAAACUAUCCUACCCCACCGAAAAGUCUUGAAUGAAUUCUUCAAAACUUGAUUAACCAAUUUUCUAAUUCAAACUUAAAUAAAUAAAUUACUCAAUCAAAG